AUGCUACCCUUUACCAUCGACCCUGUUGGUGGUCUUUUUGUUUUCGGCCUCGCUUUGAUCGCAAAAAUUAUUUGGUCCGCCUACUCAGCACAAAAGACUAGCUCGCUAGUUGCGAACAAAACAACCAGUACUGUUCGGGCUCUGCCGGCGGCCUGGUAUAGGUCUGACGAGAUUUACCAACUUGAAAGACGAGCCAUAUUUGCCAAGAAAUGGAUCCUGGUUACCCAUCAGCUCAGAUUCACUGAAAAUGGCAACUGGAUCCGAUUCAAGGAAGCUGGUUUCCACUUCUUUCUUGUCAAAAACAAUGAGGGAAAGAUCAAAGGAUUCCACAACAUUUGUCGUCAUCGGGCCUUUCCUAUCGUAACGAAGGAACAAGGGAAAUCCAGUGUCAUGUCCUGCAAGUACCAUGGUUGGUCUUACAGCUUGAAUGGACAACUUGCCAAGGCACCGGGAUAUACCGACAUGAAGGAAUUCGAUAAGUCUGAAAAUGGGCUAUUUCCCAUCCAUGUGCAUCUCGACGCAAACGGAUUCAUCUGGGUCAACUUGGAUGCUUCAGACAAGCCUGAGCCAUUUUCUAAUGAGUUCAAUAAGAUCGAUGAGAUGUCGAGACACAAGGCAUUCGAUUUUACGGAGUAUCACUUUGACCACACGUGGGAAAUGAGCGGCGACUAUAACUGGAAGACGUUGGCCGACAAUUACAACGAGUGCUACCACUGCAAGACGGCCCACCCUGACGCCGGAUCCGUUGCUGAUCUACAAGCUUACAAGGUUGAGACAAGAGGCGGAAACAUCGAGCAUUUUGCCAAUACCUCGGAGAAACAAGCCGACGAGGGUUUGACCAUCGUCAGCAACUAUUACUUUCCUAACGCAUGUAUGACUGUAUCACCACACUUCUUUUACAUGAUGCGGUGCGUGCCGACCUCACCCUUCCACUCCUCGAUGGAAUACGAGGUCUAUCGACACAAGGACGCCAGCGACGACGACUUUAAGAAAAUCGACUCCAUGUUCAAACGGAUUUUGGGCGAGGACAAAUGGCUUUGCAAUAAUGCACAGGAGAACUUGAACUCGGGCGUCUUUGUCAACGGAGAGAUGCACCCGAGAAUGGAGCAGGGGCCUCUGUAUUUCCAGAGCCGAGUGCGCGAGCUUCUCAACCGCCACAAGAAUCUUGAGGAAGCUGCAAUGCGAGAGAUCAAUCCCGCUCAAAGAGCUUUGCCAAAAGGCGCUUCUGCAACUCAAAAGGACUUGGGUCUAUGUUCGGGCUUGGCAUGUAGCAAUCAAGAGAGAGCCUUGGAGUGGUGA